AAGGUUCUUGGGACUUAAUAACGUCCAUAAAAGCUACAAUAUGUGAUGUUUGUUCCAAAUAGUAUGAUUUUGUUAUAGAUUUUGCAGUCAUGUUGGACCCCCUAUCCACCAGGCUGCACUGUUUUCUAUAGUGUCGAGUUCUGCUUGAGGAGCUUAGCACGAUCCGAAGCUACUACAUUUUUUUUUACUACCACGUCUUUAUAACUUAGUAUUUUGAAGUGUUACUAUUUGUGCACUUCUCAGUAAAGAAUAGCUCAUCUCCAAAGACAAUUUUUCCACAUUAUGUGGCAGAAAAAUUGCAUUUUUUACAAACCGAAAAAGAUAAUGAUUUGAUUUUGUUUUGAAUGGACUUAGAUGCACAUUAAACAAUGAAUAAUUUUAGGGGACACAGCCUCUGUCCGAGUGCAGCUAGUGUUGGUAGAGAAAGGUCCCAAUUUGAGUGGGAUAGAUACCCUCAAUAUUCAGAGUACCUCAUCCCAUCGCCUGGCAACAGAAGUACCACUGGGGCAAGUUCUGCAUGGCACAGACCUGGUGGCUCUUCUCAGAACUGUCAUAAGGAAGAACAAGAGGAUGACGAUGAUCUAGAUGGACAGUUAUAUGAGUCAGAUAAAGAGGACCCAGAGCUGGCAAGGAAACGAAAAGAACUUCAAGAGAUACAAGAGCAGAUCAUGCAAAAAAGAGCUUUCCUUGCUCUAAAAACUAUAGAUUUUGAAACUGUAAACCCAGGACUUUUCAGUGAAGAAGUAAGACCAACAGAAUCAACUGAAACGCUACAAGGCAGAGUUAAACUUAUUCUCAUGCAACGGAAUCGUGUCAUCAGAUCAAAGAGUCCAGUAGCAAAAACCAGACAAAACUCUAUCAAUAUUCAACAUGAUCAUCCUCUUAAGCACAGAGUUAAAGUGGCUCUGGAACAGAGAUUUGUGAUUGGUCUCCCUGUGAAGACACAACACUUAGAGGAGAUACCAUUUUUCAGUGCUCCACGUCCUUCCCAAAUCGACUCCUCACCUGCAGAGGAAGGCGAGAAGGGCAACCAGGGCUUCAUGCGCUUCCUAAAUAUUCUCAACAAAGGAGUGGACAUUGAUAGACUCAAGGAAGUGGUCAUUGAUGACACAGACUACUUUACACAGCAACCGCACAAGAGUCAAAAUGGGGGAGAAAUGCAUGGUGAGACGAGCACUUUUAGCUUUCCUCCAGAAAGCAAGAGUCAAAAUGUGGGAAAAAUGCAUGGUGAGAUGAACACUUUUAGCUUUCCUCCAGAAAGCAAGAAUCAAAAUGUGGGAAAAAUGCAUGGUGAGAUGAGCACUUUUAGCUCUCCUCCAGAAAAAAAGAGGCAGUGGAAAGAAGAACAACCACUACCAAAUCCUGAUGAACAGCAGAAGCACCUCCAAAACAUUUUGGAGUCUCUUGGUUUAAGUUUAGGCACAGAUGAGAUUAGCAAACUCGCUGAUCGCACACACGAACGAUUGUAUGGAAAAAGGCAAAAGAAAGAGGAAGAAGACAAAAAAGAGGAUGAGCCUCAACAGACAGAAGGAGAAGAGAAAUAUUCACCAGCGCAUUAUACUAGAUCCUCCUCCUCCAGCUCGACUUCUAGUUUGUCAUCAAGCCCAGUAAGCAAAACACCCAGUAAGCAAAGCCUGAUAGGGAGACGGAGAAGUCGAAGUUCUUCUCGUAAACGGAGAAGUCGAAGUUCUUCUCGUAGACGGAGAAGUCGAAGUUCUUCUCGUAGACGGAGAAGUCGAAGUUCUUCUCGUCGACGGAGAAGUCGAAGUUCUUCUCGUCGACGGAGAAGUCGAAGUUCUUCUCGUCGACGGAGAAGUCGAAGUUCUUCUCGUCGACGGAGAAGUCGAAGUUCUUCUCGUCGACGGAGAAGUCGAAGUUCUUGUAGACGGAGACGAUCGGUCUCCCCUUACAGACAGAGGAGUCCAAGGUCGCCAUGUAGUAACAUAAGUCCUUCUAGCUUCCCUCAUCACUAUAGAAGAUCCAGAUCUCCGUACACACGAAGAAAUUCAAACUCACCCUAUAGAAGACAAGAUUCACAUUCACCAUCUAAACUCCAAAGCCCCCACCCAAGGGACCGCAGGGACCCACUCCAACUUCAAGCUCCAUCGCAGCCUUACCCAUAUCCACAGUCCAAAUAUUUCAACCCACAUUUUCCACCCCAAAUGUAUCCUGAUCCUUAUUCACAAUACACGGCCUAUUAUAACUACUGGGCAUACUACCACCAAAAUAUUCCACCUUUACUCCCACAUCAACAAACUGAACCACACACUAGCAAUAGCAGCCUUCUUGAACCCCCUCCUGAAGACAGUGAAUCCACUAGCAAUGAAUCAAUUUCAGAAAAGGACAACUUGCCAAAUACGUCAAAUACUGUCAAACAAACAACUCGCUGUCUAGUGACCAUAAAGAAAAUGUGUUUAUCUGAAACUCGUAAAUGUAUGUCUAAGUACCAGAAUGCAAUACCAAAACAGGAAACGAAAGCUAGGACAAGAAAGAGGUGCAGGGGAGCAGUUGGAGCACAAAUGAUUCAAUCAGUUGACCCAAAUGUGAAAAAUGCUCAAGACUGGACCAAAGAAAUAAAUGAAGUUAUAGCUGUUAUUAAACAAGAAAAUUAUCCAAAUAUUUUUGAAACAGCUGGGAUGAGUGGAGCUCCAGGCAUUACAGGAGCAAAGAAGAAAAAGAAGAAGAAGAAGAAAAAGAAACACGUUUUUAUUGAAAGAAAUGAACAGAUGGAGAAGUUGCUCAGAGAUAGACCAGGGCCAGUGACCAGAGUACUUGCUGUAAAAAAUCCAGCUAAAUUAGCAGAAUCUGGUUUAGAACUGGUGGAUAUAAACGAUGUAGAAGUCCCUUUAACACACCUUCCUUUAAAUGUGUCAGUGAAAAUGACAGUUGAAGGAGAGAUUGAACCUAAAAAAGUGAAGGAGGAGGAGGAGGAAAAAGAGAAACCAGUGCUCACAGAGGAGGAGAUCAAAGCCAACUUGAAGUUAAAGCUUGAAGCCUUUAACAGCAGAAUAAAGAAAAAUCCCAUACAACCAGCACAGCUUUUGAUGCGACAAAAUAUAAAAGUGGAAGAUGAAAUUUGAGCUUUGAGAAUAUAUUUGUUUUAGUCUCCUGUUUUUGACUUGUCUAGUGCAAUAAUAAUAGACUUCUUGUUUGUAUAAAAUAUUGCUUUCUUGUAAAAUUAUAUUUUUAUUCUUAUAUAUAUUUUUAUGUAAAUAAUAUUAAAAACAUUAAUACUA